GAGUGUUCGCUAUUUUUUAAACCACUUUUUAUUGCUGAAGCUCAGAGCUGUAGCAAACACACCGUGAUACCUUCCCAGUUUGCAUGUGAAAUACUGGUGUUUGAAGACAAAUUCAUCUGAGUAAUCACGCGACAAUAUGGUGCUUCCUAUAUUCGGCCAGGCACUGUUCUUUGCCAUCGCAACCGCGAUGGGCAUAUGGAUGACCACUUACGUCAAGUUUCAGAUAUUACUGCAUGGCCACUCUAUCCUCAUACCCCAAAACCGGACUGUGCCGGACGAAUUUUAUAACGAGAAGUACGGAAAUCACUCCAACGUGACGAUUGGGAACAUUUCAUUCCACUAUGUGACAAAGGGCUGCGAUGAAGAUGAAACACGCACAAUGUUGCUUAUGUUGCAUGGUUUUCUUGAUUUCUGGUUCAUCUGGAACAGGCUGAUACCGGAACUAGGCAAAACAUUCUGUGUGAUUGCGCCGGACUUACGUGGCUACGGUAACACGACCAGACCAGAUGACACUGCCGAAUAUUUGAUGCGUCAUCUAAUUGGAGACGUCAAAGGACUGGUGGAACAUUUCAACCGUGGCAAAAAAAGGGAUGUUGUGCUCGUAGGUCACGACUGGGGUGGCAUGAUCAGCUUCUGCUUCGCCACAAUGCACGAGGAGUUGGUGAAAAGGAUGAUCAUCAUUAACGGCAUGCAUCCUAGGGCUUUCAUGAAGCAGCUGUUUCGCAGUCCGAGACAAAUGAGGAUGUCCUGGUACCAGCUUCCCUUUCGACGUCCCGUAGUGCCCGAGCAAUAUCUAAUCAUGAAAGACUUGGCAUUCUUGGACAAAGUGCACAAGGGUUUCACACAAAAAGAGAAGUAUGCCCACAAAUACGUCUACUCGCAGCCAGGAGCGCUGACUGGUACCAUCAACUACUACCGGGCCUUCAACAACGACAGCAGCCAGCUGAGCAAAUUACCAUAUCGCAAAAUCAACGUCUCUACACUCAUCCUAUGGGGAGAACAAGAUGAGUUUAUCAUGACGCGCGUCGCAUUGUACGACCAAGAGUGGCUAAAGAACUCAGUGGCAAUUUACUACGAAGGAGCGGGCCACUUUCCCCAGCGGGAAUGCCCCGCGCACGUGACCGACCGCAUCCGCGACUUCGCGAUCAACGGCAAGGUGUCGAUAGCCGAGGAGAGUCGUCCGUGGUGGAAAUGGGGGCGGGGGUGGGGGCGCAGAAAUGACCCUUGUCGGGAGUCCAGGAGACCACGUGGUACACGGGGACAGCCCACCAUCGGAACAUGGGAGGAAUUGGAGGUCCUCCCGGACACCCAACUUCGCUGCGUGAACCGGAGUGCCAGUGCCAUGGCCCUACGGGGCCUGGACCCAUGCGCGUGA